UUUUUCCGAUAGCCCUUGAAUGCACCAUUAGCCUCCUCUGUUUUUAGCAUCUGGUCCGCUGUUAGCUCUUUACCAAACAGAACUUUUUUCACCGUCGCCGCUGGAAGAACGAACAUUAACGGGAGGAGUGUGUUAGAAUCUCUUUGUACGAGCUGAUCCAAGCGUCUGAGAUACUUCAUUUCAAAUGACAGAGCUAGCUCGGUAACGCUAACAGCGGUUAGCAUUUUCUAGCUUGAACUUAGCUCUCGAACCAGAGAGCCUCUCUUCCUGAAGAUGGACAAGUUCGUGGUGAAGCUCCCCAGAGGAGAACCGGCUGCUAAAUCUAAAAGCAACGAGAGGGUUUACAAACAAACCACCAUCGAGUCUUUAAGGAGGGUGGUGGUGAUUGAGGACAUCAUGCGAUACAAAGCCAUGUUGGAGCUUCCUGAACAGAGCAGAGACAACCUGCUGACGGCCCUGACAGAGCUGAGCAAGAAGAUCCCGUCCACUCAGGUGCUGCGGUCCACCAAAAUAGGCCACACUGUGAACAAAAUGCGAAAGCAUCUGGACCCUGAGGUGAGUUCAAUGGCAGCAAAGGUUUACACCGACUGGAGGACGUUCGUCGAGGAGAAUUCCAAUAAGCCGUCUAUUGAGGUGCGCUCCGACAAACAAUCCGAAGGACUCAGGAGCAACGCCAGAAGACUAAUGUCUGAAGCCCUGGAGGUCAAGGAGGACUCUGGUCUUAUAGACGUCAUGGAGAGAGAAGUGUUUCACCAGAGUUCCCGGUUAGUCAGUGGUUCAUACAGACGGACUGUUCGAGCGCUGGUGUUUGCCUUCAAGCACAACCCUGAGAUCCGAGCUCAAGUGAAGGACAAGACAUUUUCAGUUAACCAGCUGGUUUCUAAAUAUAAGAAAUAGCUGAAGAAGAACAAGGCUGUGCCUCUGACUGCAUGUCACAGACUUCUGGUUUAAGUUUUUAGACGCACACACAAAUAGUUUUUUUCAAAUUACAUUUUUUUUAUUUUCUGCAAAGGAAAUACAAAAUAUUUUAACAUUUUGUGGCACAUACUCUUGCACUGUUGUUUAACUGUGCAUAAUUCAUACUGAAGAAAAUACAUUUUAUUGUU